GUUAAAUUUUGAGGAACAGCUCUAUAGUUAGAUAAGAAUUCUAUAUUCAAGAAGGGUAUAUAUAAAGAAAAGAAUUGAAGCUGCACUGUUGCUGAGGUGGUGGGUUUGAAAUGGGUCAUCACUGCUGCAGCAAACAGAAAGUUAAGAGAGGGUUAUGGUCUCCAGAAGAAGAUGAUAAACUCCUCAAAUACAUCACCACUUAUGGCCAUGGUUGUUGGAGUUCUGUUCCAAAACUAGCAGGAUUGCAGAGGUGUGGAAAGAGUUGCAGACUUAGAUGGAUUAACUACCUGAGACCAGACUUGAAGAGGGGUUCUUUUUCUGAACUAGAAGAAAGAAUCAUCAUUGAUGUCCAUAGAAUUCUAGGCAACAGAUGGGCUCAGAUAGCUAAGCAUCUACCAGGGAGAACAGAUAAUGAGGUGAAGAAUUUCUGGAACUCAUGUGUUAAGAAAAAGCUGAUAGCACAAGGGUUGGACCCAAAAACUCACAAUCUCCUUUCCUCUCAUCAAAGUAUUACCACCAACAAUAACAAGCAGGAUGCUUUCAAUAAUUUUCAUAUUAAUUACCAAGAACCCAUUUCUUCAAUUUUCUCUGUUCGUAGUUGUUCACAUAUGAGAGAUGGACCAAAAAACACAAACCCACCUUUUAUCACAUUAUUGCCCUCUCCUCCUCCUCCUCCUCCUCCUCCUCCUCCUCCAUCUUUUGCAGCUAGUGCUACUGCUCACAUGAUGACCAUUGAUCCCACCUAUGAACACCAGAACCACCCUCCUAGUCUUGGUUGGACUGUUGAAGCAGGCCAAAACUCUCAGGUUUCAUCUGGUUUUGCUAGUAGAUCUUCGAUUGAGAGCACACCCAUAUCCUCCUCUUCGAUAAUUGGAUCUGAUGAGCUUGGUUUUUUAGAUGAGAAUCUUAUGUGGGAUGCUGGUGUUGUUGAACCCUUAGAACCUCCAAGGCUGGUGGAAGAGACACAGCUGGAGAAAGCCCAGAAGACAUAUGAAGCUGAUGAGUUCAUUGAAACCAAUGAAGUGCAGAGUGGUGGUCAAAACAUACAAAGCAGUUCUUCAUUCAACAGUUCUAACUUCGAUCUUGACUUUGUGGAGUCUACAAUGAUGUCUUAUGGUGGAGGAAUGUAUUGCAGUAUGAGCUCCAUGGAUCAACUUGCAUGGGAUUGUUAG